AUGGCGGGGUUGCCUGUGGCAACGUCCUUCACGGAAUCCAAGCCUGCUUUCGCUAAGAGAGCUUUGGAGGUCGGGCUAGCGCAAGCCGAAGUGGACCAUCUUGUCUCCAAACAGGUUGACACUCUCUCGAAGUUAGCUUUUGUCCUGGUUCCUCCUGGGAAGGUUCCUGAGGACAGUGCAGUCGUUGGGCUGCUCCCAGCAGGUUCAAGUCAGGGAGCCAUAGCAGGGCUCAAGCGGCUUCUUUUCGAAGCCCAUACAUUGAUUGUGUCAGCCCUCAAACAAAAGGUGGAGCGCACUGAGGAGUCCUUGCCUCUCACUCUUGACAUAGCCGAGCGAGAAGAUCGUUUGGUAAGCCAGAAAACACGUUUGGGCGGGUUGACAUUUCAAGGUGAAGAGGAGGUUGCACAUGGUGCAUAUGACCUUGUCUUCUCGAUGGCCCAGAAGAACGAGCUCAUUUGGUUGGCGCCUGAGAAGUUCAACACGCGGCGUGCAGAAAUAAGUGCCAAGAAGCCUUCUAAAGAGCUCGUCAUAGAUGGGAGCGGCGUUGCGGUUAAGGAUAAGCCCCAGGUCCUCAACUGUGCCAUCAACUCUGAACUAGACUUGGUUUUGGCCAUGCGCCGCAGAGCGCUUGCAUUCGACCUUGUUGGGCUCAUGAGUUUUGAUGUGGCUAACCGCUAUCAUCAGGCACUUGUUCAACGUCUCCAGGAGGCUCCCCCUCCCAACUAUGCCAAGGUCUCUAUUGCUCAGGUUCUCCGCGCUGAUCGAGCGGCAUUCCUCCGGCUGGCAGAGUUGCUGCCCACUUUGCGCCGCAGCGGCGUGGGCAAACUUCCGUUGGACGAGCAGCUUCCCAACAUCCUGCUCGACCCUUCAGUCGCUUACCACUUGUUUCCCCUGCCAGCAGGUUCAACCUCCACUGCAAAGUUGGAUGACAAGCCCGAUCCACCUACCAAGCGUCCGAAUCCUCGCCUUCCGAACCCUAAGAAGGCUCCAAAGAGGUAUGCUUUCUCGGGCUUCGCCGCGUCAGACAGAACUGUUGCAGCUGAGGCUACUCUUCAACGACUUGAAGGGCAGCCUUUGAGUGAGGUCGUGACCGUGGAGGUCUUUUGCGGAACUGGGCGGCUCAGUGCUUCCCUUCGUAGUGAAGGUUUUGAUGCCUUCGGUGUUGACCAUGUGGUCGGCAAAACUGCAUGUUGUUCAGUCCUUCAGCUUGAUCUUACUUGUGAGGCCUCCAUUGCACAUCUGUGGAGCAUCUUGAAGGAUCCCGCUGUCAAAUUCAUUCAUUUUGCGCCGCCCUGCGGUACCGCAAGCAGGGCCCGUGACAUCCAGUUUCCCGGAGCCCCACCUGUCCUCCGCAAUGAGAGCCACCCCGAAGGGGUUCCUGAUCUUUCGGAGAUCCCUGCACUUAGAGUGCAAAAGGCUAACAUGCUGUAUAAGUUGACUCUUGAGCUAAGUUCUUACUGUCUUCUGAACGGCAAAUAUUUUUCCUGUGAAAAUCCGAGACGCAGCUACCUUUGGCUGCUUCCUCAGUGGCAGCAGUUCUUGAAGCGCUCGGAUGUCUUUCAAACUGUCUUUCAUCACUGUGAGUUUGGUGGCAUGCGUCGCAAAGAGACGCUCCUGGUGCAUAACAUCCCCAAAUUCCGCGAGCUUCAUCGUUUGUGCUCUGGCAAACAUGUGCAUCUGGGCUGGGGCAAGGUCGGCCGUACGUGGGCAACCAGCGCCGAAACGGCCUACCCCUGGGGCCUCUGCAAGUGCAUGGCGAGCUUGCUGAAAGAUCACUUUUUGGAACUUGGCUGUCGUCAAUCUCCCAAAGCUAUCGAUGAAGGCGCACCCGCCAUCCAAGGCGCGCGUGCUUUCACUGGAGCCCAGACUCGCAAGCGCGUGCCUCCGCUGCUUAGCGAAUUCGCUUCGGUUCACACUGUCACUGUGCCUUCCAAUCUUGCCGCGUCUUUCUUGCGUCCUGGCCAAAAGCUCCCGUCUCCGUGGAAGCCCGGAGAUGAUGCUGCUUGUUCUCCGGCAAUCGAGUGCUUUCCGGCAGGCAGCCGUGUCCUUCGUGCCCAUGUGGUGCGCAAGGGGAUUGAGGUUGGCCCUAGUCCCACGGCUGUUUCCCCUAGUUCCGGUUUAGUCCCUGCAGCCCCUCGUGUGUUAGGUGCCGAGGGUUUUGCGAAGAGCAAUCUGCUGAAGCCUUCUAGCAGAAAGCGUCCUUUUGUUAAUGUUCUUGGAUGUGCUGAGGCUUCUCUCGGUCUGAAUCCUGACGAUACCGAGGUUCGAGAAGCCAUGAUGUCGGGUUCUGCCGAGCGGGUUGCUUCGCUUGUGAACAAGUUGCCUAAAGUACACCGCAAAGACUUGUCCUUGUUGCUUGACUUGCUUCCUUCAGAACCUCUUCGUUGGGAGGGCGAUGCUGGAGCGAAAUCGUUCCAAGGUGGCAGCUUUGUUCACGGCCCGAUGUGCGGGGUGCGAUCAACGACCAAGCAGUUCCCGGAAACUGUCAAGGCAAUGUGCUCUUAUGUCAAAGGCCUUUUUCCAGGUUUGGAGUUCGGAACUGUUGGGAUGUUCAGGGAUGUGUCCGCUCAGCCCCACCGGGACUCGAAUAAUGAAGUUUCCACAGACAAUGCGAUUGCUGCGCUAUCGGAUUUUUCUGAUGGCUCUGUUUGGAUGGAAGAUCCUGCGGGUGACGUCGAGCUUGAAAUCAAAGGUCGCGCAGUGAGAGGUGUUUGCAUUCCCGUCACCCAUGAAGGCUUCAGGUUCGAUGGCCGUCGCCUUCAUUGCACAAGGCCUUGGACGGGCCGGCGUGACGUCAUUGUUGCGUACAUGCCGAGGGGCCCUAAGAAACUUAAAGCUGAGCACGCCUCUUUCUUGAAGAGCCUGGGAUUUGUGCUUGAUCGAGCGGCCUCGGGGUCCCAAGCCUCGCCUGGGGACAUGACUAAGGCUGUCAUUGGUGUGUACCGGACACCAUCGCAGUUUGUUGAACAGGCAAUUAAGGUUGGGCACCCCACGCAGCUCUCUGCUCUCAUGCCUUCCGAGAUCUCCUGUGCAGUCCGGAGAAUCCAUAAAGAAGGUGAGGCCAAUGUGGCCAAGGAGCGCACCGCAACACUUCACCGGUGGGUUAGCAGAGCAGCCGACUUAGAGCCAGCCGAGCGCGCGCUAAAGGCUGACCUUCCUCAGUUUCGAAAGGAUGUUCUUAGUCCUAAACGCCUCGCUCUUUUCGAGGAGCUGUUGCUUGAAGUGGGACAUGAGGACGUUGACCUUGUCAAAGACAUUGCCCGUGGGUUUGACUUGACAGGCAAGCUGCCUAGAUCAAAUGUUUUCGCUAAGCGCUUUCGUCCUGCGGAGCAGAGUGAAUCUCAACUUCGAUCCAGCGCUAAGAGGCUGCGUGAUGGUCUCCUGGCCACGAUCAAAGCUUCGGAGGAUCCUGUGAUUGACCAAGGUGUUCUUAAGGCGACGAUGAAGGAACUUGAGCGUGGCUUCGUUGACGGACCGUUGUCUCCAGACCAGAUCCCUGAAGAUGCGUCCUUAACCCAUCGUUUCGGAGUCAUUCAGGGGAGCACUGAAGACGGUCUAAAGGUGAGGCCCAUAGACAAUUACCUGUCUUCCCAAGUCAAUGCCGCAGUCACGCAGGUUGAACAAGUCAGCGUGCACACCAUUGAUGUGGUGGCCGGGAUGCUGGCCUGUUGGUUAAAUGAGUGGUUCGUCAACGGGCGCCCAGAGCACAGCACGCCAGUGUGCAAGGCGUGGGACCUGCGCACCGCCUAUAAACAACUUCCCCUUUCGGAUUUAGCUUACGCCUUAGAUAGUUUCUUUGUGCUCUUCAACAUUGAGCGUGGGGCGAGCGAAAUCUAUCGCCAGCGGGUGCUUCCCUUCGGCUCAACAGCCAGCGUGACCAGCUUCAUAAGAACGGCUUACGCCAUUUGGAAAGUAGGUGCCGUAGGGUUGACUCUUGUCUGGAGUGAAUAUUUUGAUGACUAUCUGAAUCUUUGCGGCAAGGCUUUUGCUCGGCAUAACGACUUUGUAAUCUCCAUGUUAUUCCAACUGCUGGGAUGGGAGAUCUCGAAGGAUAAGGAGCUCAGCUACGAUGCACUUUGCGUCGUCCUGGGAGUGCAAGUGAACCUUCGUGAUGCCAAGCUCGGUUUGGCUUACUUGGAGAACACCGUGAAGAGGCGGACUGAGGCGUUGUGUGACAUUGAGCGGGCUUUAGCAACUGGUAAGCUUGAACCUAAAGAAAGUGAAAAGCUAAGGGGCCGGUUGCAGUUCGCUUGUUGCCAAAUUUUUGGCCGGCGACCAAAGGCGGCUUUGAAGUUGUUGUCGCAGCACUCCAGGCAACGCAGAUGGGACGUCAGCCAGCUCACGCGGCUCGCACUCACUCAGCUGAAAAGUUUCCUUGAAAGUUCCAAGCCCCGUCCAGUCAGGGCGCGGCGUGAAGACUUUGUCCAUGUGUAUGUGGAUGCUUCCUUCGAGCCAAACGGCCAUUGUGGUUUAGGAGGAGUAGUUUUCAGUUCUUCUGGUGAGGCGUUGUGCUGGUUUGGUCAAGCUGUUGCCCCAGUACAUGUGCAGAAGCUCUUGAAAGCUGGUGACCGCGAAAGGGAGACUGUGAUCUUCGAGCUUGAGGCGCUUGUGCUCAGCAUUUGCCUCGAGGCCUUUCGCCCGUACGUCGAGCGGAAAGGUGUUGUCAUUUUCACUGACAAUGAGGGCGUGUUCGGAAGCUUCGUCAGAGGCCAUAGUGACAAUGCUUCUUGUGCUGCCUUGAUCGACUUCUUUGCUUGCUGCGAAGAGAGCCUGGAAACGAUCUGCUGGCUAGAUCGUUCGGCUUUUAACCGUGGCUCCACGACGUUCGGUAGCUUCUUCGCGCAUGGCAUGGACAGGGAUCGCUCUUCGACGAACAAGAUGCCUAGCAAUUUUGUGUCAUGUGACCAUUGUUUGGAUGCAGGCAAAUGCAAUCAACAACAGGUCCAAUCCAACGAGCACCGGGCCGCCUGCAAGGCCACCACUGCACAGUCUGCCAGUGCCCAGGGACAGUCUGCUCAGACCGCAAGAGCUCAGCGUGAUGCAUUGUGUCAGCUUGCCAUCGACAAGGCACAGGAAAGGUUCGAUGCUAGGGCCCGCCAGAGCCAGCAACAGAACCUGCACGAGAUGGACUGA